AUGGCUAAAAAUUCAACGCAAAGUGCACUUGGCAUGAACAUCCCUGCAGUGCAGUACCUCCGACUUCUGAAUGCAAGAGUGCUUGUAGUGCAGGCGUUGGUGUGCAUAUUCCUCUAUGUGAACUGCCUAAUGAUCUUCACCUUCUUCAAGAAAGAGGCAUUCCGCAACAACGUGCGCUAUAUCCUCUUUGCACACACACUUUUUUGUGACACGUUGUUCCUGAUAAUAUCGGAUGCACUCCUUCUCAUGAGCUUCUCGGGAACCACUGUACCUGUCGGGCUAUGCAUGGUCAUCUAUGCAAUCAGUGGUCUCCUUAACUUUGCUACACCUCUGACUCUCACAGCUAUGUGCCUGGAACGCUACGUGGCCAUCUGUAUGCCUCUGAGACAUGCAGAAAUCUCCACCCGACGCCGAGCCAUCUACUGCAUCUUCGUCAUACAUGCUGUCAGCUCCAUACAGCAAUUCAUCAUUUUCUUCAUGGUCGUCUCGUCCUCUCCGCUCAGCUUGUACAGCAUAUACCUAUACUGUAGCGUGGAAAACCUACUCGUGGUCAAGUGGCAGCAAAAUGUCCGAUCUGCAAUGUCUCAGCUCUAUUUCCUGGCCAUGUCUGUUACCAUAGCCUUCACUUACAUCAAAAUCAUGGCAGCUGCCAGGGCAGCCUCUUCAGACAAUCAGACAUCCACCGCCAAGGGCCUAAGGACUGUGCUUCUUCAUGCCUUCCAGAUGACACUUGGUCUCAUAAUGCUGUGGUUGCCACUGAUAGAGAUGGCCGUUAUGGAAGUCAAUCUUCAUGCAUUUAUUGAGCUGAGAUACUUUGACUAUAUCACCUUCAUCCUUGCUCCUCGGUGUCUCUGCCCACUCGUGUAUGGUUUAAGAGAUAAACAAUUUGUCCUGGUUUUGAAAUACUAUUUUCUGUAUGCCUUUUAUAAGAAAGUUGCUCCAGUGAAAAAACCAUUUAAAUCCAGAAUUUAG